AUGACGAGUGCCAAGGCUCAUAUUGUAACAGAGCUAAAGUGUGAGAGUGUGCCAAAGGUUUGCAACAGCAAGUACAAAAUGGCCACCGAAUUACAAGUUCAAGCUUUGCAGCUGCAUCAGUGUCAGCCCCAGGAAACUAGGAUCAGUCCCCGGGAGCGACUGAAUCAGCAGUGGCAGCUGCUGCUUCCAGAACUCUCAGCUCACGAACAACACCCAGUCCCUGCUGGCGCCGGCGUCGUGGACCGUCAUCCCGCCCACUGUUAUAGGUAUUGUAAAAAUAAGCCGUACCCAAAGUCCCGUUUCUGCAGGGGAGUUCCUGAUGCCAAGAUACGAAUCUUUGAUCUUGGUAGAAAGAAAGCAAAAGUGGAUGAAUUUCCAUUGUGCGGCCACACAGUGUCAGAUGAAUAUGAACAGCUGUCAUCAGAAGCCUUAGAGGCCACUCGGAUCUGUGCCAACAAGUACAUGGUGAAGAGUUGUGGCAAGGAUGGCUUUCAUAUUCGUGUGCGGCUACAUCCAUUUCAUGUUAUCCGUAUCAAAAAGAUGUUGUCAUGUGCUGGGGCUGAUAGGCUCCAGACUAGCAUGCGGGGAGCUUUUGGGAAGCCCCAGGGCACUGUAGCCCGUGUACACAUUGGCCAAGUUAUCAUGUCGAUUGGAACCAAGGUUCAGAAUAAAGAACAUGUGAUUGAAGCUUUACAGAGAGCCAAUUUCAAGUUCCCUGGCCACCAGAAGAUCCACAUCUCCAAGAAAUGGGGUUUCACCAAGUUUAGUGCUGAUCAAUUUGAGGAUAUGAUAGCUGAGAAGCGACUCAUUCCUGAUGGCUGUGGGGUUAAGUACAUCCCCAGCCAGGGCCCCUUGGAUAAAUGGCAGGCACUCCACUCCUGA